GGGCGGCAGGCGAGGCUGCGGUGCCCCCUUCCUCCUGCCCUCGCCCGCUCCAGCCGACCCGCUGAGAGAUGGACUUGGCAGGCGUGCUGCUGGCGCUGCUCCUCGUGCUGGUGCUGGUCGUCUCUCUGCUCUCCAACCUCCUGGUGCUGCUAUGCUUCGUCUACAGUACGGAGAUCCGCAAGCAGGUCGCCGGGGUUUUCCUGGUGAACUUAUCCUUCUGCAACCUGCUUCUCACCGUUCUGAACAUGCCUUUUACCCUGCUGGGCAUCCUGAGGAACCAGCAACCCCUCGGGGGCUGCGUCUGCAAGGCGGUGGGUUUCCUGGAAACUUUCCUGACUUCCAACACGAUGCUGAGCAUGGCAGCGCUCAGCAUCGACAAAUGGAUUGCCGUGGUGUUCCCCCUAAGCUACACCAGCAAGAUGCGGUAUAAGGACGCUGUGAUACUGAUGGGCUACUCGUGGCUCCACUCCCUCACGUUCCCCUUGGUAUCCCUGUUUUACUCGUGGGUAGAUUACAACAGCGUUUACGCCUCUUGCACCUUACACCUGAAGGAGGAGACGGAGCGGAGAAGGUUUACAGUGUUCACCAUUGUCUUUCACUCCACCAGUUUCAUGCUGUCUCUGGUGAUCUUGUGUUUCACCUAUUUAAAGGUGUUGAAAGUUGCCCGGUUCCACUGCAAGCGGAUAGACAUUAUUACCAUGCAGACUCUGGUUUUGCUGGUGGAUAUCCACCCCAGUGUGAAGCAGCGCUGUCUGAACGAGCAGAAAAGGAGGAGGCAGCGGGCUACCAAGAAAAUCAGUAUUUUUAUAGGGUCAUUCGUGAUCUGUUUUGGUCCUUACAUUAUCACCAGGUUGAUAGAGCUCAUUCCUUUUGUUACCAUAAAUUACUACUGGGGAAUUAUAAGCAAGUGCCUCACCUACAGUAAGGCUGCAUCAGAUCCGUUUGUUUACUCGCUUUUACGUCAACAGUACAAAAAAGUUCUGAUCAACAUCGUCAACAGGAUACUAAAGAGGGAUCUGUAUCCGUCAUCGGGGUACAACAGUUCUCUCGACACUGAAAACGAUUACUGCUUGCACAGAACAAACUGACAACAUGAAAGCAUUCCCCUUCCAGGGAGACAGGUGUUUGCUGCUGCUGGAAAACUGCCUUUCUCCUCUCAUGCUGACAGUGGUGACAGUGUCUCCAGGAUGUGAAGGCUGCGUUAAUGCGACACAUUUCACCGUGGACUUUCAUCGACAGGCUCUUCCCUGGUCUGCAGCCAAGCACAAUCCAUGGCAAAGCCUUGUCCCCAGUGAACAGAAUUGGCUUGAGGGGUUUUAAGAAAGCCUUUAGAGGAUUUUAGACAUCUCUUCAUGCGUGAAGACUUGGUAUGUCUGGGAUGUUCCAUAUCAGACAUGACAUUCCGGUGUCUUCUGGGAGCACGGGAAUCCCCACGCUGGAGGGACGGGUUCAGAGUCCUCCGUGCUGCGCAUGUGACUUGGCAGCCCAGGAUCUGCUCUUAGUUUUGAACAUUAAAAAUAGAUCUUUUAAUUGAUUGAUUUAAUUGUAUUGGUGCCUCAAGUGAGUCAGCACUUUGAAUUUGAGAUUGUUACUAUUAUUCUUAUUAUUACUAUUAUUCUUAUUAUUACUAUAAUUAUUAUUAUUAUUUAUUACUAGGCAUCAUGAUUGUAACAUAGCCUUUAGGAAGUGGUACAUAUAUUUGAUAUGCCAGUAUUCUAUCAAGCAUAACCAAAGUCCACAUAUCUGAGUUACAAAUAUCUAGCACUUCAGUGGUAUGUGAUUACAAUAACUGCAGCAACAGUAACAAAGACAUGUAUGGAAUUUAGUUAAAUUGCACUGUAGUUCCAUCACUGAGCUAGUAGUCCUAUUCAAGCAAGCUUUUUAUUCAGAAAAAAAAAAAAAAUCAGUAGAAGUGACAGAUACCAUUGUGUUUAAGAUAUAUUACUUCAGAAGCUAUCUGUUUUCAAAGAAAAGGCUAAAAUAUAUUAAUUCUUUUUAAGGGAUAUAUAAUGUGUAAAAUAUUUCAUGCAUUGGCUAUGUAUGGUGGAUUGUCAUAAUACUGUACAAUCUUUUCUUUAAUAAUGAUAAAUUAAUCUGGUGAUUUUAACUGACAACAAGAGAUGUGAGAAAUAUUAUAACAGACCUGAUGCCAAAUGCCCAGAAAUAUAAAGCUGCUUUGUUAUUA